GGCGAGGACAAGGACAAGCAGCGCGUCUUCAACGAGGUGCUGGAGGGCAAGCCCAGCUCCGAGGAGCGGCCCGUGACCGGGGGCCCCGCCGCCGCCGCCGCCGAGUGCAGCCCGUCGCAGCUGCAGAGCAUGGGCGAUCGCAUGCUGGACUGGUUCUCGGUGGUCAUGGCCGACGCCGCCACCCGCCGCCGCCCCCGACAGCGGUCCUCCUCUAAAGCCAACUUCCCCGGCGCCUGCCAGACCGAGGUGCGCUGGAUGUUCGGCCACCUGGACCGUGACGCUGACCAGCGGCUCUCCCUUCACGAGCUGUACGGUCUCGAGCACGACCAAAGCGAGAAGUGCAUGAAGCCGUUCCUGGACUCCUGCGACACAGACCUGGACGUGUUUGUGAGCCCCGACGAGUGGUGCCGCUGCUUUGAGAAGACGGAGCGGCCGUGCGAGGCCGUCAAGCGAGGCAUGUCCCCCAAGGCUCUCCGAGGUAUGUUCCCAUCUGCAUACCGGGGGUCGAGAAGACGUCUGUGCCAUGUUUGCACACGGCUAGCAAUUUUGAUUUUCCAGAAAAGCAUUUUUCGGGAACUUUUCAAGAUUUUCUUUUAAAUCUCAUAAAUUUUUUUC